CGCUUUAAACUUCCCGCCCGCCCUUCGGGGCACCGGUGGUCAUGCUGCUUGUUGGCAGCCGCAGUUUCCCGGCGCUGUGGAUAGCAGAGGCCGUGAGUGGCUACGGUUGCUCCGCAUCCUCUUCGCAACCGACGCGGAAACUUGCGGCCGACCCGUCGUUUCUUCGGGCCCGCCACUGAGUCGGUGCCGCGGCCGGGAGCGGAGGCGAAUCUGCCGGGCCCGUGCUCCCGCUAGCGCGGUUUGGGCGGUUGUCAGGGAGAAACAAGAUGGCUGCCGCGGCGACGGAGGAGGACACGGAGCUGCGGGACCUCCUGGUGCAGACGCUGGAGAGCAGCGGCGUGCUCAAUAAGAUCAAGGCAGAGUUGCGAGCAGCGGUUUUUUUGGCACUGGAAGAACAAGAGAAAGUAGAGAACAAAGCACCUCUGGUAAAUGAAAGCUUGAAAACUUUUUUAGGUACAAAAGAUGGUCGUUUGGUAGCAGGUCUUGUUGCAGAAUUUCUACAUUUCUUCAAUCUCGAUUUUACAUUAGCUGUUUUCCAGCCUGAAUCAAGCACACUAAAUGGCCUUGAUGGUCGUGAAAACCUAGCUCGAGAUUUGGGAAUUACAGAAGAAGAAGGUGCUGUGGGUGGACCCCUGUUAUUGGAGGUUGUUCGAAAAUGUCAGAAGAAUAUUUCAGGCAAUGGAGAAGUGGCUCCAGUUCUAAGUGAUAGCCUCUGCCUCACAUCAAAAUCAUCUGAUGGAAGGUCGAGUACACACCCAGUACCAAGUAAGGCUGCUGAAAUCACUCAAAAUGAUACAAGUGAUUCAUCAGGGGAAGGAAGCAAAAGAAGCAUUCAUUUUCUGCCUAAUGAAACAGACCUAGAUCCUCAAUUAGAAAACAAAGACUUGAAUACCAAAGAAAAAAGUGAUCCGGGUGUUGAUGAAGAUGAUGUAGAGGGAGAUUCUUUUUUUGACGAUCCUAUACCCAAACCAGAAAGAACUUAUGGCUGGAAAACUGAAGCUAAUAAAGCAGGAGGUCUAGCAUCCCUUUCUGAUGCACCACCUUUAAAAAGUGGGUUAAGCUCCCUGACUGGUGCACCUUUGCUAAAGGAGCCUGAUAAUUUGCAUAGAAACACUGUUUUGAAAGACCUGCGGUUGGUGAAUGCAAAACUGGGAUCACUAGAAUUGGGAAAUGGAGAUGAUGACGAGUAUGCUGAUGACUUCAACAGUACUAGUCAUCGCUCAGAAAAAAGUGAUAUCAGUAUUGGUGAAGAAAUAGAUGAAAUUUCUGUGGGGACAGAAGAGUCAAUCGCCAGUGAUAAACUUGACGGCAUCACGCAAGACCUUACUAUUUCCCAGUUAAGUGACGUGGCAGAUUAUCUAGAAGACGUGGCAUAGAAUUGAACAGCAAAAAUGUUUCAUUGUGCUGGACUAGAAGACUGCUGUGGACUGUUAAUUUCAGACAAUCACUUCUUGCUGGAACAUCCACUCUAUUUGUGCCUUGUGUUUCAAAAGGACUGUACAUGGAGAAGGCUUUUAAAUAUUCUUAACACAAACUAAAUGAAAUAUUGUGUUGCCAUUUGAGUCUGAUACUUUCUUCAUUUGGUUCAGCCAGAACUUUUACAGCAGGAGGUGGAUUUUCCACGCAGAAUGUUCACUGCUGGCAGUGGGCAUAAUAAAAAACAACUGAUAAGAGAGCAGUGACAGAGAAGCAUGUGGCUUUAUAAUAAACUUGCACUGUUAUUGUAACAGUCUGAUUUUUUUUUUUUUUUUAAAGGUAACCAAAGCAGGAACCUUCAGAGGCAAUGGUUCAACUCGUACUUCUUUUAACACAAUUUUCUCGAGUCAGUAUAUAAUACAUAUAUAUGGUAACUAACCACAAAUACCCAGUUGCUCGAGAUUUACUUGAAACUGCUGGGUUUCAGACUCUUCUGAAAGAUGGACAUUUUUAGGCACAUCAAAUACAGAGUAUUUAAACUCUCAAGUCCAAAUUUAGCUAUAUUUAAGAGCUAAGUUUAGCACUAGUCUGAACUGACUAUUCGUAUUUAAAUGUGUUUUUCAGAUCAUUGGUGUUGAAGACCUAAGCUGUUUUUAUACAUGACAAUUUCAUUGAUGUUACCUGUUGUUAAAUUGCAAGAAGUAAUUUUGUAAAGAUCCACAAAUCAUUAACUAAAUCUUAGUGGUUUAAGUUUUUAGCAAUGUCGUAAUGGUUUGUGGAGCUUUUAUUGCUGAGGGCUCUUCAUGUGCUGUAAGUUCACAUUCAUUCUUGAAAAUCCUUAUUGUGUAAAAAUGAGCGCCAGAAAGUGAAACCACUAACCUUGUUUUUCAGAUUAACUGCUGUACAGAAUUGCAUCCAAAUAUUGGAAAAUACCUUGCAGAAGACAUUACAGACACUAAGUUCUAGCUAGGAGCUAAUUCUUGUACUUUCAUUAUACAUUUGCAAAACAGGGUCAGUAACGGAAACAUUGAUAGUUCUUUAACAGUACUGUUGUACAUGGCGCUGCUAUAACAUAUGGGUCAUUGACAUUUGUAAUACUGAAACUUUCUGAAAAUGUGCACUUUCUGAACAUUGUGAACACACUUGGAAAAUAUACAUGUAAGUGAAUAAAAAUAAUUUAAUUUUGGGGGUUUUUUUAGGCUUUGUAAUUUUAUUUUUUUUUUUAGGAACACUGUUGGCUGCUUAUCAGUGGUCACCACAGUGGAAGUAGCGUGCUAAACUAAAGCCAUUGGUUAAGUAUAUAGAGCUGCUACUAGCAUUGGAUGCUGACUUUAAAUCUUUGUUUGCACUGGGCCAGCAGGCAUGGUGCAGUGCUGGGAAGUUAGGCUUGUACAGUACAUAGAUGAUCUGAGAAAGGAAAAGCGUGCCUUUUGUUUAUGUGCACCCCAAAACAGCCAGCAAAAAGCAUCAGAAUAUUUAGUUAUGGUGUUAACUUCUAACUUUGUGCCAUAUUGUAGCAGCUGAAUACAGAUUUUAUUUUUUUCCACCCCAAAAAUCAGUGUGCCAUAGACUUCAUAUAGCAACAAUGUUGUAACAUACGCAUCCUGUGGGGGGAAAAAUAAAUCCCUUUAAGUAUGGGGAAACAUGUGCCUCGAGAUACUAUAUAUGAAGUUUGUUUGGGGCUAAGUUUGGAUAUUUUUUGUGUUUUGGAGAAAUGCAACAGCAUGAAUGAAGGAAAUAAAAUUCUGUUUGAACACCUGGGAACAAUUGAUUUCCGAUACUGUUUUUUCUUUUUUUUUUUUUUUUAAGUGUAUGAAAUAAAGUAGACGCAGUUAUUUAUGUCUUGGGAAAACAUGAUGUUCCGUUGCCUGUUGGCUGUAGGAUAUGGGACAAUUUAUCAUGCCAAAAGAAACAAAAUCCUUAUUUAAUGAUUUCUAAUUGGAUUUGAAGAUGUGGCCUUUUAAGUAACUAAUUAGGUAUUUUAAGUGUGAACCUGACUCUUGUUAAUGGCAAGAUGAUGUUGUCUUGCCUUGGGAGUCAAUUGGAGACCUUGCAUUUUGGCUGUAAUUUAAGGAAGUGCCAGACAGUAUGAAGUGUCCAUGCUGUUCUUCCUGUGGGCUUUUACGGAAUUGUGUGUAAUAACUCAAACUGCAAAAUAAAGCUGUUAUGCUGGCUAAA